CCGAGCAAGAAACUGAGAAAAGAUACUGCUGUCUGAAGAGGUUAUAUUUUUUGUAUCAACUCGAUCAAUUUUAUGAAGUGUUGCAAAAGAUUUGAUAGAUUAAUUAUGAAUGCACCAAUGAGGGGAAUAAUGACAUUUAUAACUGUCAUGUUGCUUUUACAUGACUUGCCGAUGGGUCGCUGUAACCAAACGUUGCCUGCUUGUGUCUGGAGGAUCUUGCCAAGCUUGGAUGUAGAGACAGGAUUCAUUGGAGUAAAUACAGUGUUUCAAGUGGAGUACUUGGACAAACUCUGUUCACAAGAAUUCCAAUGGAGUUCUUCAUUUGGUUGCUCAGUACAGAAUCGGAGCUUAUCGGGUACAAGUGUUGUAUGUCAUCGACCGGGCUAUCACACCAUUAUUCCAACUGUGAACUGGUCCAAUUGCCACUGUGUGCCUGAGAGAAAAAUCAUUACUGUACGGAACAACCCACUGUGUUACAGAUGGUAUGCAAAGUCCAUCGACAAAGUGUCUGUAUGGAGUUCAGGCUUCAGCCAUGGCCAGUGGAUUGCAGAAACAUUGAGGGUGUGGGUGGUGGAUUGGACUGAUGUAGAGGAGGAUAGGGGAGUAGAUAAUGCUACCAUUCCUUCACAGAGUUCUGCAGAUCUGACAAGAAAGUUUUAUAGUAAAGGUCAGAAACCAGACCUACAGCAGGUCCACCCGACUAGCCAGCAGCAACUAAACGUCCAGAACAGUACUUUCAUUCAGAAAGAUGGUUACUGGGAGGUUCUUAUACAGACUCCUGUGUACUUAGAGCUGGAGUUCAUGAUAAGAGGCAAGCCUGAGCUGGCAGUUCAAAUGUGCUUCAUAAGAGACACCAGUGUAAUACUGACAGACCAUUGGCUUUCAUUGCCCAAUGAUGAUGAGAGUACUGUACUGCGAUAUACAGUAGGCUCCCCUACUAGGCUUCUACAAGACCCUUGCUCUCCCAGUGUGGUUAUUCUUCUCGCUGACAUUUCAUUGCUACUUACACUGGAUGGGUUCCAGACAUCGAAGUCGGUAUCUCUUCCAUCCCAUCUAUUGCAGGGCUUAAGCCUGGAUGUUGAGAGCCUAGCCUUCACCUCAACACACCUCCUUCUACUGAUUGACUCCAAGAUAUAUGCAGUCUACAGAACCCUCGACAAUCUCACAGAAGUCACUGGUUUAUCGGGGCAGUUUAAAGUUAAAGGGAGGGAUUGGUGUGUCCCACCAAAUCUCCAAAUGAGUCAUAUGGCAGUUACCUUCAACUCCACUAACCUUUUCUUAAUCGGCACUAACUCCGAGGACCAUCAAAUCACUUUAAGUGAAAUCAAACUUCCCUUUUCAAUCCUUCAAGACCUCACUUUGUUGGAUAUUGAAGAAAUUGCAUUUGACAGCUUCUCUAGCACCCUUGGUGUCGUUGCUACAGCAACUGAAACCUCCAAUAGUUCUCUGAUCUUCCUCUUGUAUGACAUCAUCUUAGAAGCAUGGAAACUUCUACCAUUUUACCUGGACGUUAGCAAUACCUACGGCAGUGUCUCCCUGAUGUUUGUCAAUAGUGCUCACAAUGGAAGCUUCUUGUUCUGGGAUGAAAAGAGAAUCUGUUUCACCCACAGUUACGGUCAGACUGUCAAAUCCUUCAGAGUUCUAGGAAAAGAAACUUCAAUGCUUAACAGCUCUGACAGUGAGGUGAUCAGUCAGGUGUGUGUCAGCCAGAAGGGAGACAUCGUAGUGCUGAUGUCAUCCAACCGUUUGUAUUACAGUAGAGUGGGUCUGACAAAGCUAAUUAGCAUCCCUGCAGCCGACCUGCCCACCGCUGAUCCAAGAAUGUUUUUUGACAGCUCUGAUUCCUUGUUCAUUGUCACCACUGCCAAUAUGAGUUCUGGAGAAGCUUCCAGGUGGCGCUACCCUCUUGCCCUAGAGCUUGCUGGAUCUCUACACAGUUUGGAAAAUACAUGCCAGUACAAUCACCUUGAACAUGGAGACACUGCUGGGAUAUAUUACCUAGAUAGAGGAGAUACGGUGCAACUCUGGACGUCUCUAACCUUCCCUGCAGGGUCCGAUGUCAAGCUACAGGUGAUAUCCAGCGCUUCUAGCUGGUUGCAUAUUGGUGAAUCCGACUACUGGGACUACCACCCUGGCUCAUUAGCAGUAAAUAAGACCCUGACAGUACAGUCAAGUGACAACCUCCUGGAGGGUGUGGCUGAUUAUUAUGAAGACCUAGAGAGAUUUACUGGAGAUGCUGUGGUGGAGGUCACUCCUGAUCAGGAUGAUAUUACAUGCAUGAGACCGUCAACCAUGGUGGCGCGUUUGUCUAUUGGUUGUCCUCCCGGUAGACACAUUCGUGUCAGGAAGCCAGAAUUCUGUCAGCAUUUCAAUAACUACACAAUACCAAGAGAUGGUUAUUUGGAGAAAGAUGGAACCGAAGCAGUGAAUGACAAGGUUGUUGAAUAUGACUGGUCUGCCUUCGGAUGCCCCAUACCCAGCCAUUAUCAGGCGACUUUCAGACCAACACUAGAUCUCUAUGAUUCUGAUGAUAAAGUGAUUGAAUUAAGCAGUAACUAUGUGAUGUAUGAAGAGCAAGGCAGGACAGAUUACAGCUACAGUGCAACCAUGCUACAGGCUGGAUGUCAAUCUUUAGCCCAGACCUGGUCAUCAAUGAUCAAUGGGAGUCACAACAUGACAUCAUCAUCCCCGUUGUGGGGUCCUCAUAAUUAUAAGAGUUGUUUUACAGUGAAUGUAAGCACCAAUGCUGCCGAUCUUCGGACCCAGAGCUACCAGGUCCUGAAUAACACUGGAGUGUCUUCAAUCAAAUGGAGUACAACGAGAAAUACUAGCAUCUAUCAAUUCACAGCUACAGUUGUGGAUCCUAAGUUUAGCUUUUGCCAUCUACAGACGAGGUUUGCGGUGGAGGUUUAUGGUCUUCCCGGAGCGGUGGUUGAGAAACCAUUCACCCAAGUCUCUCUAGGAAUCUUUGCCAUUUUGACUCUUGCCCUAGGGGUCGUAUCCUACAUGUACUUCCGCAAAGGUCAUAUCAGGAAGUUGGAGGAACAACUGUUUGAUUAUGAUGCAGAUGACAAAUAAGUCCAAGAAAGUGUUUGGCCAUUCUCCAGUGAUGUCUCUUCAUGGAUGAGAGUGAUGCCCAACUAGUAAGUGAAAAAGAAGGCAGUGAAGUUUCCAUGAAUACAACUCAUUUCAUCAUUGAAUGUUAAUCAAGGAGCAAGUGUAAUUAAGUUAAAGAUGUCAAAUAAAAAAAUGUACAGAAUUUUCAUUCAAAUAAUUUACAAGUGAAGUUAUUUGGAAUACAUAAGUCCUUUGAAAGUACAGUUAUGUGAACAAAUUGUUCAAAACUUUCACUGUUCGGAAUUGUUAUGUGCAAUGUUUGCUGAUGUUACAAGUUUGCUUUUAUGCAAAGAGUUUUUUAUCUUGAAUAGUAUCAGUUACUUUUAAUCCAAUGCUACAACUUAUGAUAAUCUUGUAAAUGGUUAUAUAUGCCUAGAAUCCAUUACAGUUUCACUAACAUUGUUCUGGUAGACAUAUGGAAACAAGUAAGAAUGAUUUAAUUUUAAUCUAAUUAUUAAAUGUUUAGAAAGUAACUGUUCAUCAAG